CCGCGGCGGCGCGAGUCCGCGGCCAUGUUGCGGUAGUUUGUUGUUUUUCUGCGGAGGCGAAGGCGCUGCUGUGUAUCACAACGCGCCCGGCUUCGCCUCGCUUUCCCCCUCGCCCCCAUCCUGGCCCGCCGUCCCCUUCCCUCCCCGCCCUCCGCCCCCCGUCCCUGUCCCCGGGCCAGGCCGCUCGGCCCACCAGCCGGCUUGGCGGGGCGAGGCUGAAGGCCGGCCCCAGCGAGCACCAUGGCGGCCGCCCUGGGUGCAGGCGGAGGAGCCGGCGCCGGAGAUGAUGACUUUGACCAGUUUGACAAGCCUGGCGCAGAACGGUCCUGGAGGAGAAGAGCUGCGGAUGAGGACUGGGACAGUGAACUGGAAGAUGACUUACUUGGAGAAGAUUUGCUAUCUGGAAAAAAGAAUCAGUCGGAUUUGUCAGAUGAAGAGCUAAAUGAUGAUCUUUUACAAAGUGAUAAUGAAGAUGAAGAAAAUUUCAGCUCUCAGGGUGUCAAAAUUAGCCUGAAUGCCACAUCUGGCAUGGUUACAUCAUUUGAACUGUCUGACAACACUAAUGACCAAUCUGGAGAGCAGGAGUCUGAGUACGAGCAAGGCGAGGAUGAACUGGUUUACCACAAGUCUGAUCGAUCAGAACUGUAUUCUCAAGAGUACCCAGAAGAAGGACAGUAUGAAGGCCAAGAUGCUGAGUUGACAGAAGACCAAAUAGAGUAUGUGGAAGAGCCCGAGGAGGAACAGCUUUACAAUGAUGAAGUGUUGGACAUCGAGAUCAACGAGCCUUUAGAUGAAUUUACCGAUGAAGAAUACUUGCAGGCUUAUGGUGGGCAACAAGGGCUGCAAGAGCAGGAAGACUAUGUUGCUGAAGAUGAAUUAGAUGAGAUUACUGAGUCCCAGGUUGCUCCUGAAACUGAAGAGGGAGGUAUGGAAACUUUGGAGCUCCAGAAGGAAAUAAAAGAAGAAUCAGAUGAAGAAGAUGAUGAUGAUGAAGAAUCUGGACGAUUACGUUUCAAAACUGAAAGGAAAGAAGGAACAAUUAUUAGGCUCUCAGAUGUAACUAGAGAGAGAAGGAACAUUCCAGAAACUUUGGAGCUUUCAGCAGAAGCCAAAGCUGCAUUGCUUGAAUUCGAAGAAAGAGAGCGACAGCAUAAACAGGGACGUUAUGGUUCCAGGCGGGGUGGAAGGAGAGGCGGCUCUUUGAUGUGUCGUGGAAUGGGAGACCAGAGGAGAGAUACCAGUGACAGGGGGAGGAUGAAAGAUCACCGGCCUGCUCUGUUGCCUACACAGCCUCCUGUUGUGGCUCACUCUCCAAGACUAAUUCCCCCUCCACAGCCUCAGCCUCCCCCUCCGCCGCCGCCGCCACCGCCUCAGCAGCAGCCAAUCAGAAGCCUGUUCCAGCAGCAGCAGCUGCAGCCUCUGCUUCCCUUGCAGCACCCUCAUCACCCCUCCCCGCCUCAGGGAAUGCAUAUGCCUCCCCAGAUAGAGACCCCGAGAAUAAUGAUGACCCCUCCUCCUGUAACUCCACAGCAACCCAAGAACAUACACAUCAAUCCGCACUUCAAGGGGACCGUAGUGACUCCUGUUCAAGUGCCCUUGCUGCCAGUUCCGAGCCAGCCGAGACCUGCUGUGGGACCCCAGAGAUUCCCAGGCCCUCCAGAGUUUCCGCAGCACACACCGGGACCGGUUCCCAACAACUUCAGCCAGCCCCCACGACUUCCUCUCCAGGACCAGUGGAGAGCCCCUCCCCCGCCUCAGGAUCGAGACCCUUUUUUCUUAGGAGUUUCAGGUGAACCAAGAUUUCCAAGUCACCUGUUUUUGGAGCAGCGAAGUCCCCCUCCACCACCACCUCCUCCCACGCUUCUUAACAGUAGUCACCCUGUUCCUGCUCAGAGUCCCUUACCAUUCACUCAGCCAGCACCAGCAUUUAAUCAGCAAGGGCAGCAACCAGUGUUCCCAAGAGAGAGGCCAGUACGACCAGCCCUACAGCCUCCAGGACCAGUGGGCAUUCUGCACUUCAGCCAGCCAGGGACAGCAACCACCCGGCCUUUCAUUCCUCCUCGACAGCCCUUCCUCCCUGGCCCAGGGCAGCCGUUCCUGCCCACACACGCACAGCCUAACCUGCAGGGGCCGUUGCAUCCUCCACUGCCCCCUCCACAUCAGCCGCAGCCGCAGCCGCAGCAGCAGCAGCAGCAGCCGCAGCACCAGCAGCCGCAGCACCAUCAGCACCAGCCCCCUCUCCAGCCCCAGCACCAGCCUCCACACCAGCCUCCACACCAGCCCCCUCCCCAGCACCAGCCCCCUCCCCAGCACCAGCCCCAGCACCAGCCCCAGCACCACCACCACCUGUCUGUUCCUCCCCCUCCUCUGAUGCCCAUGUCCCAGCCCCAGUUUAGGCCUCAUGUGCAGACUGCUCAGCCCCAGCCAAACAGCAGUCGGAUACAGUGCCCCCAGCGCCAGGGGCUCAGGCACAACACAGCGGCUCAGAAUGUAACCAAACGACCAAUGCAGCAAAUGCAGCCCACUGCCCCUCGGAACAGCAACUUGCGUGAAUUGCCCAUCGCUCCCUCACAUGUCAUAGACAUGAGCAGCAACCGCUGCUCCUCCACUCCUGCAGCUCAGGUGAAGCCUUCCAGGAGCUCCCAGGGAAAGACUGACGUGAAAGUGAAGCCAGUGAGCCCCGUGGCUCAACCCAAAGAAGAAGCAAAGACCGAACUAGAGUUUCCUGAUGAAGAUGAGGAAACCAGGUUAUAUCGCUUAAAGAUAGAAGAGCAGAAACGCCUGAGAGAAGAAAUCCUGAAACAGAAGGAGCUGCGGCGGCAGCAGCAGGCCGGCGCCAGGAAGAAGGAGCUACUGGAGAGGCUUGCGCAGCAGCAGCAGCAGCAGCAGCAGCAGCAGCAGCAGCUCUAUGUCCCCCAGCCCCCGGCAGAACAAGAGGAGCAGACAGCUGCACCCUCACCCACCAACGGUAACCCACUGUUACCCUCUCCAGGUGCACAGGGCAGACCGAAUGUGAAAAACAGACUGCUUGUUAAAAGCCAAGAUGUCACUGUUUCAAAUGUUCAGCCCAAAACAUCAAAUUUUGUACCAUCUGGUGCUAACAUGCAGUAUCAAGGACAGCAGGUGAAACCACUGAAACAUUUGAGACCGGCCAGAACAGUACCUCAAGGUCAAACGCAGCCGUUGCACAAAGUGCUCCAGAUAAAGCCUGCAGAUGUGGAGGAGCCCCCACCUGCCUCCCAGACUGCUCGCGUGGCGUCCAUGCAGGGCCAGCCCCCUGACGUGAAGCCUGGGGUCAAAAGGACUGUCAUGCACCGGGCCAGCAGCGGCAGUGGAGAUGGGCCGCAUGUCAGCUCCAAGGUCAGGGUGAUUAAGUUGUCAGGAGGGCAGGGAGGAGAAAGUGACGGCUUUUUCCACGCAGAGGGUCAGCCCCAGCGGCUGCCACAGCCUGUGGAAGUGCGCCAGCAGCCUGCCCGCAAGGUGACGCUGACCAAGGGGGCCCUUCAGCAGCCCCAGCACCCACCAGUGGGGCCCCACAUGCACUCAGCCGUGCCUCCAGGGAUCAAAAGCAUCCAAGGAAUUCACCCAGCAAAGAAGGCCAUUAUGCAUGGAAGAGGCAGAGGAGUGGCAGGUCCCAUGGGCCGAGGGCGCCUGAUGCCCAACAAACAGAACCUGCGCGUUGUGGAGUGCAAGCCGCAGCCCUGCGUGGUGUCCGUGGAAGGGCUCUCAUCGUCGACCACUGAUGCCCAGCUCAAGAGCCUGCUGAUGUCAGUGGGGCCCAUUCAGAGUUUACAGAUGCUUCCCCAGCAACGGAAAGCCAUAGCGAAGUUCAAGGAACCAGCCCAUGCACUAGCGUUUCAACAGAAAUUCCACAGGCAUAUGAUAGAUUUGUCCCACAUAAACGUGGCCCUGAUUGUGGAGUGAUUCCUCACAGGAGAGUCUGACCUGUCGCUGCACACACACUGUGGAAUUUCUUCAAGGAAGCUGCCGGCCGGCGCAGACCUCAGGAGCUUAGGUCUCUGACCCACAGUCUGCGUUACUGUUGUCUGGAGCGCCAGCCAGCCAUAGGGUUGAUUCCGGAAGAGCCGAACUUAAGGACCUAGCAAGCUGGAGUUUGGUGUUAGUUUGCUUCCGAUUCUGUUGUCAGCACAAAGAACUCCAGUGUUUUGUUUUGUUUUGUUUUCAAAGUGCUUACAAUGCAUGUAGACAUUGCUCCUCGUGAUCUUACUGUAUGGGCGAUCCCAGCGACUCAGAUUCAGGAAGGAACAUCAGCGUCACACAUGCUAAGUAUUUUUCACAGCAAAGAAUAUUUGAUAAUGGUUGCACUUAUCUUCAGUGCAGGCUAGAGAAGACUUUUCCUUACCAAGCUUGACUUGAGUUGCCUACUCAGAAAGCCCUCCAAAGGCUCUUGUAAAAACCACAGGUUAAAAUUUGGGUGAUUCCGAUUGACACUUACAUAUCCUGGAGAGCCAGGGUAUGUGUGGGGUGGUUGGGAGUGGUGCCAAUUGAAGUGGCCGAUUCUGCUUCUUGUAACUAUUUCGAAAGCGCCAACUGUAUAUGAUCCUAGUUCUAAGAACCACCCACUCUUUUUUACGCUCUUCCCAGAUGGGGUGAAAACGCUGGCUCGCACCGCCACACUCCCUCAGCUCCGAGAAGGGCGUCCGUGGUGCCCUCUUCUGCAGCCCUGCGACCCAGUUUCUCUUCUCACCCGCGGCUCGAGGUGGCGUGUUUGUGCCACCGGCUCUGUGCUGAGCCCCGUUCCUCGGGACCCUAGCAUCAUUGCUUUGAUUGGCUUGUUCUUGAGUUCUGGGUCCUUUAGGUUUUUGUUGUGAGGGAUUUUCCAGCAGGGACCGGUCCUUGGCUGGGCCUGAGAGUGAGUGAGGGCCGCGCUGGCAUGCCGGUCUCGGCGGCGUGUGCUGUGAGGGUGGCUCUCUUACAGGGACGGCACGGCCUCAGAUGAGCGUGUCAUCGUUGAAGCUGUGUUUAGACACUCGGGGUAGGUCCCACUAGUUGAGGCUUGCUCUCCGCAGAGCAACCUUUAGUAAAAUCCUUGGUGGGCAAACACUGAAAAAAGUGCCUUAUUGUAUUUCUGCUCACGACAGAGUUUCAGUGUUUUGGAAAUGUUCUAAAGUAGACCAGAGCGAAUAACACUAGGGCAUACUCAACACUUUUUAGUCCUAUUUUAUACCUGCGGUUUCAUGUCAGAUCUAUUAAUAGAAUUUAGGGAAAUCAAAGUCUGUUGUCACCUUCUGCCUCUGGUUAAGCCUGUGAGGACCAGAGCGAGCCUUGUGCUGUCUCGGGCAGGUGUGGCCCCCAGGUGUGUCAGCCUUCGAGUGGAGCUGAGGAGACCAGGGCGUGGGGCUUGCAGCAUCCGCUUUCCAUGGGUGGAAUUUUAUCUUUCUUCAAAUUGAGGUCCUGAGACUGUCAUGUAGAACUGGAGAAGAGUGUUCAAGGCCCCGUGAAACUUCGUGUGGCAUUGAUUCUAAACUGUCAGUGCGCACUUCUGAGACCACUGGACGCCGCAGGUGCUUGUCCAUGGCUGCUCUUAGGAAGAUUUGGGCCCCAGGAAAGCAUAGAGCAUCAGAGGCUAUUCCAGGAAACCCUGCAGCGGGCUGCCUGGCUCUCUGUUCCAGAAAGCCCCUGCCCAGCCCUUGGAAGACGGCGCUGUGAGCAGCCCUGCCUCACCGUACCCGCGGCGAGGCCUGAGAAACGGGCUGUGUGCCCGUCUGCCGGUUGGCCUGGCUGCUACCGCCUUGUCCUGGUAUCAGGAACAGAUGUGCUACUACGUUUGAAGGAGUAGUUUGUUUGGCUCAGUCCAGAGCGAGUGAAGUGAUAGUUCGCUGGCCCAUCAGCUCUAAUUAAGGGACAUCAAGUCUCUAGCGCCACUGGCCGGGGGGGCUACCGACUCAUUUUGUCAUGGAGGACACAGUGACACAGGAAAGUGAACUUAGAACUAAUUUUUUACCGCUUCUAACCUGGUCUGGGUGUGCUGUUGUUUUUAAGCCGAGGUUUGGCAGGUUGUCUCGCAAAAGGAGGCACUGAAGCACACUCUUUUCAAGGACGUGUCGUUGAAACCGAUCCUGACGGGGCGCCUGUGUCAAGGCAGGCUUGAGGCUACUUUAGGAUCCGCUGCGGGUGUUGGCCACGUGUGAUGCAGAUACCCAGGCGCACAUGUGUGUCCGUAGCUGUCCACACGCACGGAUGCAAGCAGGGUUUUACUAGAGGGUUCCUGAAAGACCAUCAGCCAAUGGUAAAGCACCGGGUAGGGUAGCCAGACACAAGUCCGGCCUUAAUACACACAGCCAUCGGCCGUGGGCCCUCAGUGCCAGGCAGCCCUGGGAGGAAAGGCCUAGUUUCUUUGACGGAAACUUUAAAAAAGGAAAGAAGCAGAAUUAGAAAGUAACGCUACCUUCAUUUUUGGUGUCAGACCGCAGAAGCUGGACCCUUGUGGAAGAUCUGCUGCAACCAUUAUCUUUGUUCUUUAUUUAUCAUGCAUUUAAAGUGAGAUGCAGAAGCAUUUAGCAUACUGUGUAAAUACGGACCUUUUAAAAUUAAAAUGUUACCGGAAAUACUUUCAACUCCGCAACAUCUUAGCCGUUUGUUAGUUCUUUUGUGUUGUCUUAUCGAAGUUUAAUGGAUAAAACUCCGUACCUGUUGAUGUGUUUGUGUGUAUAUUCGAUUUUUAUAAAGAUGGUAGUAAGUGAAUACGUUGAUCCUGAUCUGUGUAUUAUUUGUCCACAAAUUCAAGAAGCUUAAAGUCCGUAAAUAGCAUUAUAGCUCAUAAGGUCAGCCUGCAGGCGGUUAUGUGCAGCCUUGAUACUUCUUUCUUUUUGCCUUGUUUUGGUUUUGUACUGUAACAUAAGUUCACUUAGCUGCUCAUCUGAACAUAACCUUGCGUUACCGUUGGUCUGGCCCCGUUUGUCAAACCCUUACACUGAUGGUCUUCGAAAGGGAAACUCUUGUCUCUUUUCCAAAAGAAACUUUGAGGGUUUUCUCCCCUGCUGGACAGGCAGUCUCCUGCUUUUAGGUGCCCGUGCCCUCGUCACUCCGGAGGAGAAUCCGUGGCUCGGGAGCGGGCGGUGGUUUCCAUGAAUCGACUUCUAAUUCGGGUAGUUCUGAACGUCAUUUUGUAAAGGUGCUGCACCAGCAGCCGCGUGGGCUCCGUUCUGUAGCAUUUCUCAGUUGUGCCAGCUUAGCUUCCGCACCCAGGGGCUCUGCUUUCAAAAAGUGUUAAAAGAGGCUGGAGAGCUGGGGCGAAGUGGGGUGGGGUGGGGUGGGGUGGGGUGAGGAAUGGACGGCCCCGGGGAAGUCGGGCCUUGCAGAAUGGGACAGGUUGUCCCCUGAGUGGUCGUGGAGGACUUCCUUCUGACACUGACGGGCAAGGUGAGGUCCUUGGGCAGGCGUGCCAGGGCCCGGCAAGUGGCAGCUCAGCUCCUGUCACAGGACAAGGGCUGGGUGGCACUGAUGAAGGAGUCUUUAUUCUUGGUGGAUGGGGUUAGGAGCCUAUCACUUUUUUUUUUCCCUUUUGGACUUUGAUUUUUUUUUUUUUUUUUUUUUUUAUUGUGUUGACUUUGUUUUUUACUUCUUUGCUAUCUUAUUGGGAAGGUAAGCUCAGUGCCCUAUGUCCAUGGGAGUGACCCUUGUUGAAGACAGGUUUUAGUUGCAUGGUGGCACAGGACCAAGGAGGCUCCGUGUGGGCUGCGAGGUUGCCCUUAGAAAUCGCAGGGUCCUAGGAACUCUGUGUUCCGCUGCAGCUUCGCUCGCCUGCGCCCUCCUUGGAGAGGCCCAGAGCCCGGCCACCGGGGAGGCGCAUGCGCCAGGCAGCUCUGGGCCCUGCUGCUUUCCUGUUGCCCUCCCCACUUGAAGGACUCGGGGCGGGCCUCACCUGCUCCGGUUUAGAGCCACUUUGCCGUUCUCGCUCUUGCGUUAAGCUGAAGCUCCCCUCCCUGCGUUUUGCUAUGUAUUUAUUUGGAGUGGGACAGGGGGUCGGAGAGAGGUAUUUGAAAGGUGGUUCUUUUUAAAAAUUGUAACAUAUUUAGAAGGGAGUUAACUAUUAGAGGGAGUGCAGGAUAGGAAGGGACCAAAAAAGGACUCCACCUCCCCCCAGAAAGCCACAAGCAGCUCCGAGCCCUGCGAGGAAAGUGUAGACACUUCAUUGUGUUCAGUGAGCAUUUCCGUUGACUUUUGAUACUAUUUUUAAAAUUUGUGAACGCAGUGUGUAUUUUAAAGCAUUCUUGAAUAUGAACUCUCCAAAGGCAUCUAGCCUUGAUUUAAUAUUAAAUCCUAAGGAUUUUUUUCUGUAAGGUUUUUUUGCGACCUACUUAAUUUUUAUCAUUUUAAAUGCCUAGUUCAUUAGGUACAUCAGCCCAUGGUUUUGUGUGCUAGAACCAAAGCGAAGCCCACUGAUUCAUAUUGGAUCCCCAGGUAUACCUUCUGGUAGCCAGUGGUCGGGAAGGGUCGUUUGUUCACGCGUUGUAACCGGCCUUCUCUAGAGACUGUUCUAAACAUUUAACUCUUGCUUUUUUGUGUCAUAUUUCGAUAGGAAGUCUUCCAGUUAAGACGAACAGAUAGAACAGGUAUCUUUAGUAGUAAGUUUCCUUAAAACUUGUUUUUACAUUUUAUUUCUAACCAACUAAAAUAUGAAGAGAUCUUCAUGUUGGUGUUCUGCUUGAUUUGAUUCUACUAAAUUUAAAAGCUGUGUAGAAAAAAUACAGGCCUUUUAGAAAGCAUCAUGUAGGGUUUUAUUUAUUUAUUUAUAAUAUAUUCCACAGAGUGCACAGGCAGAUAGGUAUGGUUUUAAUGUAUUCUGUAUUUAGGAAUUUAAUACAUGUUAACAAAAGUAGACCUCUUGCCAUUGUUUUAGCAUGGUUUUCUUUUGAGGUGCCUUUUAUUUUAAGGGCAGAUUUUUAAAAGAUGAUUUGAAUUUUAUGCCUUCCGCAGUAUUUUUGGAAAUGUCUAGCGUUGUAAGGUGAUGAGCACACACUUCUCCUGUGAAGCGAGGAGCAGAUACUCAUUGUGUUUAUAAUUCAGCUUUGCUUUUCACAGGCGUGGGCUCCUGGAUGCCUUCCCUCUGUGAGGAUUUUCACUCUGAGGCUUUAAUCCCACUGUUUAAUUUUCAGGUGCAACAGCGACAAAGGGCAAGCUCAGGUUUUGUCCAGCCCUGUGCUGGUUCCCCGUCUGUUGGAUGUUUCUGUUCUCUUCUUGCCACUGUUGUUCUAGUGAGGAGACCACGUCACUAGGCCCUGCUCUGGGCCCUCCUCUCUUGUCUUCUCUGUGGGCUCAUCCGCCACGUUCAUGCUGACCUCCCCCCCCCCCCCCCCCCCACCCCCAUUCCUUCCCUCUGCCAUUUCACAUCUCUCUCCCUCCUCACCUGCUGCUCUCCAGCUCUCGGAUGCCUAGGACUGCCCUCUGGGGGCGGGACCGGGCGUGCGUUUUCCCAGCGCUGCGCUCACAACCUUUGCUUUGACAGGUGUCCGCGCCCCGAUUUAUUCCUCCAGGUGUUGGAUGGGAGAGAAUAACGUUUGAUUCUGUUAUUUUGCAGUUGCCGCUCUGUAGUAGGAGAGUGUGGCGACGCCCAGACGCCAGCAGCCCGCAGCUUGCGGUUGACCAUGUCCUUAAUCACGCGCUUCUUUGUUUCUGUCCCCUCUCCUUUGCAGGACGUGGGCAUGGGUCAGUGUAGUAGUUGCGUGCAUGGAAGCGGUGGCCGCGUGAGCAUUGUCACUGCCCCUGCUGACUGAGGGAGCCUUCUAACCGAGUGUGGGCGCCCCCCGGGCCGCGGCCGGGGGUGGCGCCGAGGUGGAAGGUGGAGCUGUGUUUAUUGGGAGAGCGGGGAAGUUUGGGACCCGAGAGAUGGCUGACCUGCUCCCCCUCUGGGUUCCACCCCCUCCAUGGUCUCGACGCUGCCGCUUGCGGGAAGCGGUGUUGCCCGGUUUCACCCCUGACUCGCUCGGCGUUAACCCCGGGGGGACUUUUCUCAAGAGUCUGUGUGGAGAGUUAAUAGUGACAUAGUUGAAAAAGGAAAUGUACUGUUGUGUAUCAUUUGUGUGAUCUCCUACGGAAACAUGUGUUUGGCCUGUAUUGUAAUCUGAAAGGUGUGUCAAUAAAACUUUGCGCUUUCCACUCUA